AUGGGUCAAGAAUUUUCUGCCGUUCCUGAAACGACCAAGCCUGAGAACCUCUCAGAGCGCAGUCUGCCCGCGGUCGCCGACUACAUCAAGUCCGGCAAAGCUAAAAAGGUUGUUGUCUUGACGGGCGCGGGUAUUUCGACUGCUGCUGGCAUACCCGACUUCCGCUCUCCCGAGACUGGCCUCUACGCCAACUUGGCCGCCUUGGAUCUUGAGGAGCCCGAAGAUGUUUUCAGCUUGCCCUUCUUCAAGGAGAACCCAAAGCCAUUCUACGUGCUCGCCAAGGACCUCUACCCUGGCAAAUUCCAUCCUACCAUCUCACAUGUCUUCAUCAACCUCCUGGCCACCAAGGGCCUCCUCUACCAGCUCUUCACCCAAAACAUUGACUGCCUGGAGCGCCGCGCCGGUGUCCCUGCCGACUUGAUCGUAGAGGCCCAUGGCAGCUUCGCUUCCCAGCGCUGCAUCGACUGCAAGACGCCGUAUCCCGACGAUAAGAUGCGCGAACAUGUCAGCCGUGCCGAGAACCUUCCCUCCCUCUUCUUCGACAGGAGGCACAUGGCUGAGGAAGCCGACCUCGUCCUCGUCCUCGGCACAAGCUUAACCGUCCACCCCUUCGCCGGUCUUCCCGACCUUGCCCCCUUCGAAGUGCCCCGCGUUUUGUUCAACAUGGAGCGUGUGGGGUCUUUGGGAUCCCAGCCCGAUGACGUCCUGGUCCUCGGAGACUGCGACACUGGCGUGCGGAAGCUGGCUGACGCGCUUGGGUGGCGUGAGGAACUGGAGGCCGAGUGGAGGAAGCUGGUUGGAGACGAGGAGGCGGACAGGCAGUUGAAGGGCUCGGCGAAACGCGAGGUCGAAGAUGAGGUCUCGCAACUGGUUCAUGAUGUCGACAAGGUGCUGCAUGUGCAUGAUGUUAGCAGCGGCAGUUCUUCGCCUAGCCCCGAGGCUGUGGCGGCGAAGCAACAAAAGGAAACGCCUCCGACAACUCAGCAGCAAGUUCAGCAGAGCGGGCCGGCGGCUGUGGAGGAGAGUGUGGAGACGACAACGGGGACAGAGGAAGUCAAGCCUACCGGGGCCUGA